AUGACAUCAAAUCUACGUCCGUCUUAUAAAGAAGCACAAGAACGUCUUUUAAAAUGGUGUCAAAAUGUUACUAGAAAUUAUGAAUCAGUAAAAAUACGUAAUUUUACAAGUGAUUUUGCUGAUGGUCUUGCUUUUUGUGCUAUAGUUCAUCAUUAUUUUCCUGAUGCAUUCGAUUUUAAUGCCUUAAAUCGUAAUAAUAAACAAAAUAAUUUUGAUUUAGCAUUUCGUAUUGCUGAAGAAAAAGCUCAAAUUCAUCCAUUACUUGAUAGUGAUGAUCUUGUCAAUGGUGAAUUAGAUAAAAAAUGUGUAUUCACCUAUUUACUUACAUUAUAUCAUGGAUUAAAAAAUCGAGAGAUCAUGACAAAUAAACAUUUAUUAAAUGAAAAUUAUAAGUAA